AUGAGUGCGUAUGUUGCAAAGAACUUGGAGAACGGACAGAAAAGCUGGAACGAGGCAACACAAAGCCGUAUUGCUAUAACAACUUCAACUUUAGAGGGGAUCAAGAACCUAAAGAUAAUGGGCAUGGAAGACGCAAUUCAGUCCCAGAUAACAGCUCUGCGAAGUAAGGAGAUUCAAAUAUCAAAGCCUUUCAGAUGGAUCCUAGUCGCCUACAAUGCAAGUGCGAAUGCACUUGGGAUUCUCGCCCCAGUAUUGACUCUAAUUCUCUUCGCUAUGUCUUCGAAAAGCGACAGAUUACAGGCCGAUCAGAUGUUUACAUCUCUUGCUCUGCUAGCCAUGGUAACACAUCCAGCUAACAUGGUUAUGACUCUCAUUCCACAGGCUAUCUCUGUACUUUCAAACUUCGAUCGCAUCCAGACUUAUAUCAGCCAGCCGUCUAUUCAAGACGCGCGGGAAUACUCCCCACAGGGUAGCAUUCAACGAUUGGCUACAAUACAAGACGUAACAGUCCAACCUUCUUCAUUAGCCAGGCCGAUUCUUCUCAAUGUCUCCCAAUAUCUCGACUGCGGCGAGAUUUUGAUCUGCGCUGGUGCGGUUGGAAGCGGCAAAACAACAUUGGCGAUGGCAAUUUUAGGAGAAGUCACUCCCAACAAGGGCUCUAUCUGUGUAUCUCCCAAGCAGAUUGCAUAUUGUGCCCAAGGCCCAUGGCUGCCUAGCGUCGCUAUUCGUGAAGCUAUAACGGAGCACCUAGACGAGCUAGAUAUCGAAUGGUACAAUACGGUGAUCGAAGCCUGCGGUCUAGUCCCCGACUUCGACUCUUUUGUCGGUGGUGACAUAGCGUUGAUCGAGAACAAUGGGAUGAAUCUGUCUGGAGGGCAAAAACAUCGUAUAGCUCUAGCCCGAGCGGUCUACUCGAGAUACAAGAUACUCGUCCUAGAUGAUCCAUUCAGUGCUCUCGAUCCCGCCGUCACGGAUCAUAUCGUGCAAAGAUUGUUAGGCCCGCGAGGUUUGUUUCGGAAAAUGGGGACAACGGUAUUUUUGAUCAGUAACAAUAAAGAGAUGUUCCCAAUUGCGAACAGAGUGCUGCUUCUGCAAGAUUCAAGACUACACCUUCAAGCCCAGUCCUAUUCUCAAGACCCGAAAGCGUCUAUUGGGGUUUCCACAUUGCCGGCAAAGACCCUUGGCAGUUUCCCACACCAUGAGACGCCUAAAGUCACUACGCCAAUUCGGAAGCUACACCUAAACGAUGCUGCAGAUGAGAUCUCUCGGAGGACCGGUGAUCUUGCAAUCUAUGAUUAUUACAUCAAUGCGAUUGGCCGAACGAAUGCUCUUCUUUUGAUUGUUUGUACUGCUGGCUUCGCGUUUGGUUCUACAUUCGCUCAGUAUGUGCUCAAGUGGGCGACAGAAUCACCCCCGGAAAGUCUAGCCUUCUACAUGUCUCUCUAUGCCGCAGUCUCCUCGAUCGCGUGGGUGGCAACUAGCGGGACCCUGUGGGCGCCUCUAUCUUACUUUACUGAGACUGAUAUCGGUGCUAUCGUGAAUAGAUUUGGCCAAGACAUAAACAUCGUCGAUAAGCAGCUCCCUCUAACGCUAGCAAAUUUCAAUACCCAAAUCUUUAAACUAGCGAUGCAAUUGAUCCUGCUUUUGAAGAUCCGAAUUUCGAUGGCUGUCACUUUGCCAGUGUGCGCCAUCUGCGUGUACUUCAUUCAACGAAUUUACCUUCGGGCAUCUCGACAACUGCGCUUCCUAGAGCUGGAGUCAAGAUCAUUAGUGUUCACCAACUUCCUGGAUACGGCGAGUGGUAUCGUUACAAUCCGAGCCUUUGGUUGGAAAGCCAAGUUCGAGAACGAAAAUGUCAAAUCACUAGACCUGUCUCAAAAGCCAUUCUACAUUCUUCUCUGCCUACAGUGCUGGCUAAAGAUGACCAUGGAUUGUAUUAUUGCAAUUUUCGCAGUCAUUCUGAUCGCUUUCACCGUUCUAUAUCGGAAUACUACCACCGGUGCCGAUCUUGGCUUGGCUCUAAACCUGGUCAUCGUUGCAAACACCACGCUCCUACGACUUGUCCAGUCAUGGACAUCUCUAGAGACUUCACUGGGGUCUAUUUCUCGACUGAAGAGUAUACAAGACUGCGUCCCUAGUGAAGAUGAUGACGUCGGGGGUACUCUAGGGCCUAAUCUGCGAUGGCCCUCUUCCGGAAAUUUGCAGGUCAAUGACAUCUCAGUCGCCUAUUCAGAGUCCGCGACACUUUCCAUACGCAAUCUCUCUCUAACUUCCCACUCUGGACAGAAGAUCAUUGUUAUAGGCCGAACCGGGAGUGGCAAAAGUACUUUGAUGCUUUCAUUGCUACAGCUCCUCCGGCCCGCACAGGGAUCCAUAUUAAUUGACGGCAUCAAUAUUGGCUCUCUGCCCCCGAGAACUGUCCGAAAACGCGGGUUUAUUGCAGUGCCUCAAGAUGGGUUCAGCAUUCCCACGGCUAGUCUACGAUUCAAUCUAGAUCCCUACCACAAGAGCCCGGAUCAAGAUAUAUUUCUAAGUCUCCAAAGGACAGGUCUUUGGGAUAAGAUUCAUUCGACGUUGGCCAUCUCAGCAAGCGAAAAGGUCAACACGAAUAUUGAGAUUCGGAGUUUACUAGACCUUCCUAUGUCUUCAUUUUUACCAUUCUCAGCGGGGCAGCUACAACUGUUUGCCCUUUGCCGAACACUACUACGGAUUCGAUCCUCUGCGCCACAUAAGCCCGUUAUCAUCUUAGAUGAGGCUAGCUCUUCGUUAGACUCGGAAACAGAGACCAUUCUGACCGAUAUUCUUCGCCAUGAUCUCCAAGGUUACACUGUUCUUAUGAUUGCACACCGUUUUGCGGGUAUCAAGGGUGCUAUGAGACCUGGGGUGGAUGCAAUUGCCACUAUCCAAGAUGGACAGCUGCAAACAGUAUCGCUUAUGGAAAUGUCUGGUUGA